CAGAAGUCUUCAGAGACACCGGGCUGGCUUUUAAAGCAAGGGGGUGGUAUGAAUGCUGUCAUUUAGUAAUUGAACGGGGCAUAGAGAGGAGCCGCGGCGGCCACGUUCAGUUCUAUCUCCUUUGUAGAUAGCGCCACUUACAUCUUUCAGUUUUUUUUUGUAACCAGUAGUAAAACACAGUAUACCUCGUUUAAAAUGUACCGGUAUUUCGGGGAAGUACUCACCCGUGGAGUAAGUAAUGCUCUGGCCUCGGGAUGUGUCGAUUCGGCUCUUCCAGCUUCCGCAUCUUUGAUGCGGGUGCGCCACUACAGCGAGGCCGCUGGAGAAAAACAAGAUGACCCUAAUUUUUUUAAGAUGGUUGAGGGCUUUUUUGACCGCGGUGCUGCUAUUGUGGAAGACAAGCUGAUUGAAGACUUGGGAAAAUCAAAGGAAACGCCGGAACAGAAGAGGAAGCGAGUGCGUGGAAUUCUCAGGAUCAUAAAGCCUUGCAACCACGUACUAAGUGUAUCUUUCCCAAUCAAACGUGACAACGGCGAAUGGGAAGUGAUCGAGGGAUACCGGGCGCAACACAGUCAACACAGAACGCCCUGCAAAGGGGGUAUCCGCUACAGUAUGGACGUGUCUGUGGAUGAGGUCAAAGCCUUGGCUUCCCUGAUGACCUACAAGUGCGCUGUGGUUGAUGUGCCAUUCGGUGGAGCUAAGGCCGGAGUUAAGAUCAACCCCAAGACUUACUCAGACAACGAGCUGGAGAAGAUCACCAGACGCUUCACCAUCGAGUUGGCCAAGAAGGGAUUCAUUGGGCCUGGCAUUGAUGUCCCCGCCCCCGACAUGAGCACUGGAGAAAGAGAGAUGUCCUGGAUCGCCGACACCUAUGCCAACACUAUUGCCCACACUGACAUCAACGCCCAUGCGUGUGUGACCGGCAAGCCCAUCAGCCAGGGGGGAAUCCACGGGAGGAUCUCUGCCACCGGCCGCGGAGUCUUCCACGGAAUUGAGAACUUCAUCAACGAGGCAUCGUACAUGAGCAUGGUGGGACUCACACCCGGCUGCCAGGACAAGACCUUCAUCAUUCAGGGCUUUGGUAAUGUGGGUCUGCACUCCAUGCGUUACCUGCACCGCUAUGGUGCCAAGUGUGUGGGCAUUGCUGAGAUUGAUGGUAGCAUCUACAACCCCAAUGGAAUGGACCCCAAAGAGCUGGAGGACUACAAGCUGCAACAUGGCACCGUUGUGGGUUUCCCCGGCGCCACGCCCUAUGAGGGCAGCCUCCUGGAGGCCCCGUGCGACAUCCUCAUCCCUGCCGCCGGUGAGAAGCAGCUCACCAGCAGGAAUGCCCACAAAAUCCAGGCCAAGAUCAUUGCAGAGGGUGCUAAUGGACCUACCACCCCUGAUGCUGACAAAAUCUUCCUGGAGAGGAACAUCAUGGUCAUACCGGACAUGUACCUGAACGCCGGUGGUGUGACCGUCUCGUACUUUGAGUGGCUCAAGAACCUCAACCAUGUGAGCUAUGGCCGUUUGACCUUCAAAUAUGAACGGGACUCCAACUACCACCUGCUAAUGUCUGUCCAGGAGAGCUUGGAAAGGAAGUUUGGAAAACAAGGUGGACCAAUCCCAGUUGUUCCCACCUCUGACUUCCAGGCCAGAGUGGCUGGUGCCUCUGAGAAGGACAUUGUGCAUUCAGGUCUGGCCUACACCAUGGAGAGGUCUGCCAGGCAAAUUAUGCGCACUGGCCACAAACACAAUCUGGGGUUGGACCUGAGGACUGCGGCCUACGUCAACGCCAUUGAGAAAGUCUUCAAGGUGUACAACGAGGCAGGGUUGACCUUCACAUAAGCGCCCGGGUCUUCACUCCACCCUGCCGUCCAUAAUAGCCGAGAAACGCCCAGCUGCCCUGCCUGACUCUCCUAUGCCAAUGUCCCUCCUGUUCCAAGGCUGACAUACAAACAGCCUCCCCCGAUGCUAUCUUCAUGCUCUGCUCAACGGCUCUAAAUAUUCAAUAUCAUGUCCAAACAAGAUUUCCCUGCUGAACUUCUAAUUAUUGUGAUGUAUGUGUAAUGCAUUUUGUUUUCCGCAGACAUUUUUGUACACUGGGCUCGUCCUGUAUCGGUUUCAAUCCUGCUGUUGCCUGUUUCUAAUGUUUUUGCUCUCUCUGAAUAGAUUGGAAAUGUUCAGUUGCAGUAGAAGGGGGGGGGGGGAAUAAUAUAAUCACAGAUUACAUUUUUCUAGUGGUUGUCAUUUUAUACCAUGAAGCAACGUAGCACCAACAACCGAAAGCGACUUUGCCAGUUUAGAAGGUAGCCCUUCUUCCUGUAUCCUGUUUCGUUCUGUAGUUUUUCAUUUCACCACACUGAAGAGGCCUUAGCUCUCCAAGAUGGAGGUCAAGUUUUUGUAUUUUACAUUUCAAUUACAUUUGGAAACCUUUUCCCCCCUCGCAUAUCAGCAAACGUCAUAUCCUGAUGUACUUUGGCUGGACCCACUACUCAUUUUGCUUAGACGCACUUUCUCCAUGUUGUGCAACUGACUGCAUCACUGGCAAAAAGAUUUAAGAAUACUUCUGUGAUCCAACCGUUUGAUUGUGAUUCGGUUGAGCUAGGUCAGCCAAACGUCUCGAUGCAGGUUAGUCUGGAGAUGAAACGUCUCGAUGCAGGUUAGUCUGGAGAUGAAACGUCUCGAUGCAGGUUAGUCUGGAGAUGAAACGUCUCGAUGCAGGUUAGUCUGGAGAUGAGAGGAGUCCUUAAUGGGAUCAAGGGGCAGCUGACACUUCGCUUUGUGAAAUUUGUAUCGCCUUUUUGUUGAAAAUAAAUAAUGUGGAACAAUGACAA